AUGACUGGUUUCAGCACAGAGGCAUCAGGCCCUCUGACGACCUUCAUACAAACAAAAACACAGUUUGUGGACCAUCAGCUCUCCAUUUCUUCACAGGGUUUGGUUCCCUUCUUUGUGAAUGCGACAGCAGGGACCACGGUGUACGGAGCCUUCGAUCCUCUCCAUGACAUCGCAGAUGUCUGUCACAAACACACUCUGUGGAUGCAUGUUGAUGCAGCGUGGGGUGGAGGCCUGCUGAUGUCAGACAGACACAGGAUGAAACUCCAGGGCAUUGAACGGGCCUGGUCUGUCACAUGGAAUCCUCACAAGAUGAUGGGAGUCCCUCUGCAGUGCUCCGUCAUACUGGUCAAGAAGAAAGGACUCCUUCAGGACUGUAACGAGUUGGGGGCUCAGUACCUCUUCCAGACGGACAAACCGUACGAUGUGAGCUAUGACACGGGGGACAAGAGCAUCCAGUGUGGCCGACAUGUUGACGCCUUCAAACUGUGGCUCAUGUGGAAGGCAAAGGGCUCGGAGGGUUUCGGAUCUCAGAUCAACAAAUGUUUGGAGAAUGCCGAGUAUCUGUACGAUCAGCUGCAGAGGAGGACGGACUUUGAGCUGGUCUUCAGACACAAACCGGAGCACAGCAACGUGUGUUUCUGGUACAUCCCUCCCAGUCUGAAAGGCCGUCCACGUGGACCAGACAGAGACUCCAGACUCCACCAGGUGGCCCCUCAGAUUAAAGGCAGGAUGAUGGAGAAGGGCUCUGUUCUGAUUGGCUACCAGCCGCUGGGGGACAAAGUCAAUUUCUUCAGGUGUGUGUUUUCCAACCCGGCCACGCAACAAGAGGACGUGGACUUUCUGCUGGACGAGAUCGCCUGGCUGGGUCAUGACCUUUGACCCAGCCUUUGAAGGAUUGUCUGACAUGUUCAUGUCGAUCUGGAGGAAAGGAUCUGAGACGAUUGAUCUGCUGCACCUUUAGUCUUCAUGGAUCCGGUCUGGGUGCACAGUCGUCCUCGGAGCACAGGCUUUCUUACUCUGACGUCCAGGAAUCCAGCUCCUGCCUCAUAAGAAUUAUUUAAUAACUAUAAUAUAUAACAUGAUAAUUUAUCAUUUGAAGGACAUGUGUGAAGUUUUUCUAGCAUCAAACGAUUGUUUGGACUUGUUGUGAUUUAUACUCUUCAAUCUAAAGACCUAUCUGUAAACUCAUGAUGUAAUCCUAAUCCUGUUGAUGGGACCCAGCACUGACCCUUUACUUUUCAUGCUCCCAUCCUAAUUUCUGAGACUUUGUUAAUCAGGAUGUCCGUGAAGACUUCAUGUGGUGACUUCCUGUUUGAAUCAGUGCCAUGUUAGAAAAUAACUAAGGACUAGGACUUUUCUCUGACGUCUCAGGAGCCACAUUUCUGAGUUUCCUGUAAGUAGGGGCAUGUUUAUAAAAUAAGGGUUCAGGUUUAAAGACCCUGGAAAUGUAAAUGGAAUAUUUAAAAUUCACAUAGAAUAUCAAAAUUAAAUGUGUAAUCAAGCUACAACAAAAA